UACACUUCCGCCGCUGCGCCAUAAUUGUUUGGUACUCUGUGCUCUUGUAGCAUACCGUGCUUGUAGUAUUCGUACCCAAUGUACUGUACAUUUUUCGAAGAGAUUUUUAGCACAGCUCACCUUAACAUAUUAUAGUUUUGGGAAGCUUUUCGCUUGUUUCUAGCUUUCCCGUCAUUUCUUUAAAUUUAAACACAAUUCUGUGUGCACAUUUAUCAUUUUAUGUACCGUAUUUAUGGUCCGUACACGCGCAGGUCAAAAUUAUCAUUCACUCUGUUCGUUUUUUGCCUUGGGAAGGUACAUGUCUUAAACACUCGGCGCUGCCGAUUAAAGCACAUCUAAUUACGAUGGAAGCGUCGCAGGUGUUGCAGUCGUUGCUUCGACUUUCCGAGCGUGCGGCCAAUAUUGCACGCGCUGUCAGGAGCCACUCGGAUUUAUUUGAUGUAUUGAUUCAAGAGAAGGAGUUUGAUAAAAGGCGCCAGAAACCCGAUUACAAAACCUUGGCUGAUGUUACAAUUCAGGAAAGCAUUAGGCACUUCCUCGGAAAAGAUUUUCCGAUCCUGGCGUCGCAAGUCCGUGGCGAAGAGAGUUACUGUUUCACCAACAAAACCGGCAGUUUUGUUAACAUCCAGAUUUUGCCGAGUGCCGAUUUGAUGAAGAAUCUUCUAUUGGGAGUUCUACAAGGAGACGAACGUGCAGCCGAUGAGCUGGCCGGUGCCAUCUACAAUGAACCGGAUAUGUGCGGCGUGGAUUUGGAUAGGACGAACAGCGUUAAAUUGCAGCUACCCGCUGAUGGAUUCGGCAUUUGGGUUGAUCCGUUAGAUGCAACGGCCGAAUACGUUUCCGGACAAGGAUCAGAGAAACAGAGCCAUGGAGUGUAUUUAUCUGGAAUUCAUUGUGUUACAAUUUUAAUUGGCGUUUUCGAUUUAACUACUGGCGAGCCCGUUAUGGGUGUCAUUAAUCAGCCUUUUCACGAAGUGGACCCGGUAACCAAAAGAUGGAAAAGUCGAUGCGUUUGGGGAUUGUCAUAUGGCGGCAUAAAUGCCCAUUCCGGUAUCCGCAGUGAACGCCCAGUGGCAACAGCAAAAUCCCACGUUGUGAUUAUGAGUCCAAGUGAGACGGAUGAGCUGAAAGAGGCGCUUGAUGAGUGCUUUACUACCAUAUAUUCUGCCGGUGCCGGAUACAAGUUUCUGGCGGUAACAUUGGGUUUGGCCGACGCUUAUAUCCUAUCAAAAAACUCCACCUUCAAAUGGGAUACAUGUGCUCCCCACGCUCUCCUCAGAUCGGUUGGUGGCGGAGUGUGUGAUCUUUCCAAAGCACUGACGGAUUUUGAUCUCACUUCAGUGGAAAAUAACCGGAAAUUUGAACUUCAAUAUUUGCAUCCCGACAAUCCGGAUGCCGAAGCCCAAGAGUGUUGGCUGAACACUGGUGGCAUUCUGGCAUAUGCGAAUCUGGAUACGCUGAAAGAAAUCGUGGCGAAAUUGCAACAAGUUAUGAAAGAGGCAAUCGAGAAUUUAGAUUAACAGAGGAACAUUUUCGUUCUUUUUUACACUCUACUUAUUAUUAUCGUAUAGUAUAGAAUAAUAGAUCUCAAUACAUCUCUACUUACUCGAUGAGAAGUAAUUUUGUAAUUUGUUUAAUAUGACUAUCCGGUGAACACGGCUUCGAGUGAUUGUGUAUCCAGAAAUUUUUUGUUUUUGUGUUGUCAACCCUGUUAAGUUGCCUGUAGUUAUACGGAUCGCAACGCAUAGAAUUUUAAGUUUUGAACUAUAUAGCUGUUCCAGACUUCCAGUUAAUAUUAAUAUUGACUCCUCGCCAAAUGUUGUGUAUUUACACGAUAAGAAGGGGCAGUGUUAA